AUGUCCAGAAUUCUUCCAAGAUGGGCGGUUCGCGCAGCGUCAACAUCUGCCACGCCGCAAACAACCAAGGCCGCUGGCGAUAUCUCCUCAGUCUUUCCUAGUUUACGACCAGAUUACCAGCCAGAGCCUUUGCCUCCUCGAUUUCAAGAAUUGAAAGAGAAAUUAUUUAAAAAGAACGAGAAAGCCUUGAAAGAAGGUUGGAAAAGGCUAUUGCCGAGUCUGGAAAACGAAGUGGAGAAAAUUAGAUCCCAAGGUAGCGAUAUUAUUCCAUCAGUCGAUUACUCCGAUGUCGUGUCUGGCAGAAUAAACGAAAACACCCUGAAAGAGAUCAAAUAUCGAGGAAGCGUGGUCAUUAGGAAUGUUCUUCCGCGAGAACAAGCGCUGGACUAUAAACAGCGAGUGCGAGAUUAUGUUUCUGCCAACCAGCAGCGAGUGAAAGCUUUCCCACCUGAUUCUCCUGCCGUUUAUGAGCUUUACUGGACUCCCUCGCAAGCAGAAGCUCGCGCCCAUUCCAACACGCUGACCGCCCAGCGUUUCUUGCAGCAUCUAUGGCAUUCAUCAGAUCCGAGUACCAAGAUCUCAACUUCAAAUCCCCUAACAUAUGCGGACAGAUUGCGCAUUAGAAACCCAGGCGAUUCCAAAUUCACUUUGGGUCCCCAUAUCGACGGCGGCUCACUGGAGCGCUGGGAAGAUCCGGAGUAUGCCAGUGUUUACAACAAGAUUCUCGAGGGCAACUGGGAGCAGUACGACCCGUGGGAUGCCAAGCAUCGCCUCUCUGCAAAAAUGGAUAUGUAUAACGGUGCAGGAGCUUGUUCAAUGCUACGCUUUUUCCAAGGGUGGCUUUCCAUGUCUGAUACUGCUCCUGGAGAGGGUUCGCUGCAUGUUUGCCCCAUGGUUGUGCACAGUACUGCCUAUACUAUUCUACGGCCAUUCUUUGAUAUAGAGAGCCAACAAGUUUCAAGAGACGCCACAUUUCCUGGAUCCGUCCCUGGUGCGUGCCAAGAGUAUAACCCUGUGACACACCCUCAUUUGGAGCUGGAGAGCACCAUGGUCCCGAUACCUCGAGUUGAACCUGGAGACUUUGUUGCGUGGCACUGCGACUCACUUCAUUCGGUUGAUAAAGAACAUCGCGGCAGCGGGGAUUCAAGUGUGAUGUAUAUUCCCGCUACUCCUCUAUGUGACAUGAAUAUCAAAUAUCUUCUCAAGCAACGCGAGGCCGCAUUGGCAUACUCCCCACCAUGGGAUUUCCCUGGCGCAGGUGGCUCUGGCGAGCAAGGGUUUGAAGGUGCUUUAGACUGGUCUACGUUGAACCCUGAAGGUCAACGUGCGAUGGGACUAGGUGACCAACCUUGGGAGAUCAAUGAUACCAUGUCUGAAGGUGAGAAGAGGGCAGUGCAGUCUGCUAACAAAAUUUGUUUUGGAAUUUGA